CCUUCCUGCCGGCUCGCUCUCGGGUGCUGCCUGCGGCGCUGCCGCUGCCCUGGGCGCCGGGACGCGGCGGGUCCCUCCCCCGGAGCCGCCCAGGCACCUCCCUCACUCCCUCCCUCUCCCGCCUUGGGCCGUCGCGGUGAGUCACGACUGAGGAGGCGGCCGCUCCGCUCUGCUCGGCUCCGUUCGACUCGCCCGCCCGUUCUGAGCGCGCCCGGCUGCCGCCGCCGCCGCCCGUGCCGCAGGACCGCCGGGGCCGGCCCGGCCCCGCACGCAGCACCAUCGCCUGUCCACGAACUUCAUUUGCCUAAGAGAGCAGAUAGACCAGAAUGAGCAAGGCUACGGAGUGUUAAUAGGGCUGUUUCCUUGUGCAUUUCUUCCAGCUGCAGUCAUUAAUCUGGACUAAACACCUGGGUUAUCUGAUCUUCUGUGGUUUUUAGAAGCAGGAAAUUCAGGAGCUGGCAGGAGGGGAAUGAACCGAGAGGGUGUCCCCGGAAAGAGUCCGGAGGAGAUGUAUAUUCAGCAAAAAGUGAGAGUCCUGCUCAUGCUGAGGAAGAUGGGAUCAAAUCUGACUGCUAGUGAAGAGGAGUUCUUGCGCACGUAUGCGGGUGUAGUGAAUAGCCAACUUAGCCAGCUUCCUCAACACUCAAUUGAUCAGGGUGCUGAGGAUGUUGUGAUGGCAUUUUCCAGAUCAGAGACAGAAGACAGAAGACAGUAACUACAGGACACCUGAACAUGACAGAAGUGGAGAGGACAGUGAGACUCCUGAAGCUACAGGAGGAUGGCUGAGCGUUAAUAAGUUCCUUUGCCCACCCUAAUUGUUCCUUGGUAUCCCUUCUCCUUUGUCAUUUAGGUUCCCUUUGCCCAAUCCUCAGAAUGAAUCUCACAGCCAUCUGUUCCUGUAAGUUUUUGGUACUCAGCUGGGCUGUGUUAGUUAAGGACAGACCUAAAGGUGUAUUUUUGAUUGGCUCCAGGCUGUGGUUGGCUAAAGGAAGACAAGUUUUCCAAACUUGACCAAUGAAAACCUUUUAUCUUGCAUUUUAUUUUGUAUUUUAAAGAAAAUCUCUUGACAUCCUACUUCUAAAGAAGCUUUUCAUGCAGUGGUGCUUAUUUAGGUCAAACUUGUGAAUUUGAAGAGGGUUUGAUUUGGCUGCAUAGAACUGGAAGCAACUUGUGGUUGGUUGACAAUGCAAAUGCUUUCUCUUCAGUUGGCUUGCAGGUAUUUACUGACUUCCACAUUUUCAUGGCAGAAAGCUGAUGUUUUGGUGCAUAGGUUAUUUCUUUAUACUUACUGACCUGGGACGGGGGAAAGACAAAUGUGCUUUGCAAUAUUUAUUACAUCUACACACAUAUAAACGCUUGCUUUUGGGGGAUUGUUUUGGGUUUUUUGAUUGGCUCUGAAGUCAUGUUUUUGAUUUCCUAUUGGCUGCAGUGUGUCUGAUGCAAUCAGUUUUUCCAUUCUCAUCUGCUCUGUGGCCUCAAGCUCUUUUGGGAGCGUGUGUCGAAAGCAGAUUUAGUUCAAUAAGUCUACCUGGUUUAGCUGGCACAUGGAGAUCCCCAGGGGUUCUGUGCAGCUCUGUGGGCUCCACUGUGAGCUCCUGGGAGACCCAGCUGUUCAGGUGGCUUCUCUUUUUGCUUCUGACAGAGGAGCUGUAGAUAUAUUUGCAGGAAUUGCAAGAAUGAGAUCUAUGGCUGUGACAUAAAUUUGCCAAACUUAUAUAAAGAAUAUGUGAACUUGUUUGAAAUACUACAUAGAGUUCCACUUUAACCCUUUAAUUGCUGCACAAGACUAGCUCUCACAUAAGGAAAAAUUAAUGGUCAUUAACUUAAAUCAAACUUGCACUGGGCUUUAAUAAACUUAAGGUUCUAGUCACUUGAAAAGCUGUAUGUGGUUUGGCUCCCUGCAAUUCUUUGAUACAGAAUUUAUCUGGAUCCUAAGAUAAUACCAUUUUCUUCAGGCCCUGUUUCAAGAGGCAGUAGUACUGCACUGAGGUGUCCAGUAGUGACACACUGAGGUGUUUCUCUCUCUCACACAGAGACAAAAUCACACACAGAUUUACAGACUGAAAAACCUGCAGUGAAAUUCCCAGAGUGCACUGACUGUUCUGGAAUCUGCACAUUACAUUUCUAUCACUGCUGCCUAAAUCCUAGCACUUCAUUUUCUCUCAUGUGUGCAGAUCAUUUUUACAAUACUUCUAGGUUUUCCUGUGGGUUGCACUGACUUUCAAAUGUUUCAAACUCUUAUUAAAGCAGAACUGCAUUCACCCACUCCUGGUUCCUUUUCAUGUGGUUGUUAGUUAUUUGAAGUAACUCUUGCAGAAUCUGACUGUGACAACGUGACCAUUUUUGUGGUGAGAAAUUAUGACAGGAUGCUGUUAUGGGCUCAAAAUGGGGGAGAAGCUUGAGAAAAACCAUGGAAUGCAUGCACAAGGAAGAAUGGACUUGUGAGCACAAGGAGGGAUGUGAUCUUGAGCAAAUAAAUACUGUGUAAUAACUCUGCAUCUGUUUGUGAAAAAGAUCCUUUUGAUUCAAUUGCAGCUUUGUACAGUUCAAUGUGAAAGAAAAACUUUUACCCCUGUUUGUUGGGACCACAUAAGAAAAUUUCUUCAUUAAAAUAAACCAGGAAGGAGCACAAAGAAUUUGUUACAUUACAUUUUGACUUAGCUGCCUAAGAGGCACUUGAACUUUGGUGCAAAGGGGAGCAGCCCUUAAAGGGUUAAUUGGCGGGGAUAGGUGUGUUUCUGGCUUCGUUGAAGGGAUUGGAUUGUGGUGGCCUGUCAUUGUCAAGCUAACAUGCAUCCUCCAUGUGUAUCUAUGGCAUUUCUGAGCUGUUAAGUCUUAACAAGGAAAAAAGUGAAGUGUUGAUGUGGUUUAAUCUUUUCACUAAAAAUGUAACUGUUGGAGGGGGGGAGA